AUGAACAAAUCCCCCCCAGGCGGGCUGCUGCUCGUGGGAGGCUUCGACCAGCUCGUCCGCAUGUACCCGGUGCAGACGCGCACCGACGAUGAGCCAAUGAGUCAUGGACUGGUCGGGCUUAAGGGCGGCGACAUCGGCUAUGUCUCCGUCUUCGACGCGCGGGCCGACGGGCCGGCGCGGACGGACGAGCUGGUCUGCUCCUUGCGCGCCACCAAGCAGGUGCGCGUCGCGACGUUCUCUGCGGACGGCCGCUUCCUCGCCUUCGGCGGCUUCGACGAGCGAGUCACCAUCAUCACACACCUGCCGGUCCGAGGCCGCGACGGGGAGAUCGAGCGGCUCUCGCUGCACGAGCUGACGGCGCGGCUCUCCGGCGCCGCGAGGGGAGGCGACGCGUCGGAGCCCCCUGCUACGACUCGCGUCGCCCCCUCACUAGUGCCGUCGCUGUCGGACUCCUUCUCGCCGUCCGCCGGCUGCGCGCCCUCGGGAGGCACGGGUCGCGGGGCGGGCGGGGCGGGUCGCGGUUCGUGCCUUGGCGCGGACGAGCUGGAGCCGCUCUGGCUGGCGCAGUGCAACGAGUUUGUGUACGCGUGCACGCUCUCGCACGAGGCGACCGCGCCGCGCUUCUGCGUGCACGGCGGGCCGGACAAGCAGCUGACCGUGCGUGACGCGUCCACCGGCCGCGUGCUGCACGAGCUCCCCAUCGGAGGGACGGUGUGGUGCCUGUCGAUUGGCCCCGCGAACCGGUGCGCGGUGUCGGGCGAGUUCCAGCUGGUGCAGGUCGUCGACCUUGAGAGCGCUGGCCUCGUGCUCUCGCUGCCCCACACGGGCGAGAACCCGUCCUACUCGGUGGCGCUGACCGAGUCGGCGGUCAUCUACACGCAGGAGAACACGUGCGUCCGCUACGGGAGAGACGGCUCGACGUACGGCUGGGGUGACUUGCCCUCGUACGCGGCGCUAGCCAAGCUCGUCCGCAUGCCGAUGGCCAAGAACAUCCACGCGGGGUGGGCGUCGCUCCGCUCGCUCGCGCUGCUGCAGCCGUGGCUGAUCAACUGCCGCGAGCAGAGCAGCGGAGCAACCUUCCUCCAGCUCGCAGUCACUCACGGCGUGGACGGGGCGAUGCUGGACACGCUGCUGGCCGAGGUGCCGAUCAUCGGGCUGCUGCGCGCGCACCACCCGGAGCGUGUCGGGGGCGGCGCGGCCUCAGCUUGGCACGCGGCGCUCGACCAGCGGUCCGACAUCUGGGUGUCGCGCCUCGUGCAGGCGGUGGUGAGCGGGCGGGUGUACGCCACGCCCGCCGCCAUGUCUCCCAUCGCAGAGACGUUUGGCGCGCUCGCGCGGAAGUUCCCGCGGCAGUACCUCCGCCUCCUCUCGGAGAUGCCUCUGGCCUUCGAGGACUCGUGCAGGCUCCGCUCGCCGCACACACGCCGGCUGCAGGUCGAGGUCUGCGGCUCGCGCAGGUUUCUGCUCGACGGGUGGUGGGAGGACCACUACGCCGCCUCGGGGCUCAACUUUGGCUUCUCGCCGCGCGCGCUGCUCGCCUGGGCGCACUCAUGGAUCGCGGAGCCGGACAAGCUUCGCCGCCGCACGAUCUAUGCCGACGGCGGGCUCCGCGCAGGCAACUCUGGCCGCGGGGAGCAGUGGUGGUCGGUGGAGGCCCUCGUGUGCUCGCUGCUGGUGCGGCUGCGCGACUGCUGGGUCGCGUGUUGCUGUGCCGUCUGCCGCCGCUGCUGCGAGGAGGAGGAGGCGGCCGAUUCGCCCGGAGGGCAGCGGGGGGGCGGCGGGGGCAGAGGCGGAGGCUUGCGCACGACGGGCGGAGCUAGCGCGGGGCAGUACAGGCAAGUGGAGGGCGGCGCCGCCUCCUCGCCGCACCACAGGGUUGGAAGCCUCUUCCGCUCGCUCGCGCUGCUGCAGGGCGCCGUCGACCAGCAGAGGUCCGGCUACGCCGUGCUCACCGAGUCAACCCCCCCUCCCUCCUCCCGGAGACGCAAGCGCGGCGCCGACGGCACCACCACGCACGAGCGCAAGGGGGGCCGCUCGCCGCCCCUCUCGCGCGACGCCUCCGCCGUCUCCGACCCCGCCUCCGCCUCCUCCAACGCCUCGGCCGCCGAGAUGGCGGCCGUGGCGCGCGUGCAGCAGGUCCCCUUUUGUGAGUUUGCCGGCUUCGCCACCAACCACCUCGCACUCAUCGUCGACGCGUCCAUCGCCACCGGCGACCGCACCGUCUUCAAGUCGCCGUCGGUCGAGGCCCUCCUCCACUUCAAGUGGCGCGCCUUCGGCUCCGUCAUCUGGUGGCUGCACACGGCGCUCUGGCUCUCGUACACGCUCGCGACCGCCGUCUUUGCGUACGCCGCGACGUACUACUUCACAGACUCGCAGUCGGCAUGGAAGGCGAUGCCUUUCUCGUUCCGCGCCCCGUACGACUACUUCAUGGACGAGGACGCCCCACUGAUGGACGAGCUGCAGGACUGCGCCAAGAAGUUUGGCUUCCCGCUCCUUCCCAAGCCGCCGGGCGGCCAGCGGACGGCGCGCGACCACUGCGUCUUCUACCUCAUCCUCGCCCUCGUCUCCUCGCUGACCUCGCUCGCCCUCGGCGCACUCGUCGUCUUCAUCAGCACGGCUGUUAGUUCGCAAGGGUCAGCUGUUCUGGGUCUCGCAGGCGUCGUCUUCUUCUUCAUCAACACGAUGUACAUCGUCGUGUCGGCGGCCGUCAUCCGCUUCUUCUACGUGGUGAUGCAGCUGCUGGGCCUCGCCGUGGUCCAUUUCGGCGCCUCCAUGGACCAGGGGCUGCUCGGCCCCGAGGUCACGCGCAUGCUGCUCGCGAUUGGGAUGGGGCUGCAGUGGGUGGAGCUGAUCCGCAUCCUCACGCGCCACCCCGAGUUCGGCGAGCUGUACCAGAUGGUGAUCGAGACCUUCUCGCAGACGCGGUACUUCAUCUACUUCAUGCUGAUGGUGACGUGCAUGGGCUCGCUCACGCUCGGGCUGCUGCUCUUCGACGUGCACACCGUCAUCGACUACCCGCCCGACAUGGACUACUCGUCCGAGAUGCUGCUGCUCGACGAAAAGUACGAGCAGACCGCGACGGGCACCAUCGACCUGUGGUACAACUUUGGCGACAUCUUCCGCUCGUUCCACUCGACGAUCGACAUCUUCUUCUUCGGCACCAAGAGCGACGCCGUCGAGUCCGCCCUCCUCGAGGUGCUGCCCGCGCGCUACAUCGCGAUGGGCCUCCAGAUCUUCAGCCAGGUCGUGCUGCUCAACCUGCUGAUCGCAAAGAUCAACGACGCCUACGCAAAGAUCAAGGCGCCGUCGCCCGUCGGACUGUUCUUACUGUUCUCGGCGUCUCACCCUGUUCUGUCGUUCUCGCAGGCGUCGUCGCUCCUCUCCUCCAACUUCCAGCAGGCGCUCAUCCUCAUCGAGUACGAGAUCAUCGCCCAGGCCCUCUUCUCCACCCGCGGCGGCCGCUGGCCGCGCUGGCUGCACAUCUGCAUGCCGCCGGCCGAGCCGCCCGAGCGGGACCGGAUCACCGACCUGCACGAGGAGCUGCAGACGGUGCGCGAGGCGAACGCGCGCCUCGAGGCGGCGCUCGAGGCGAUCGCGGCGGGGCAGGCGACGCAGGAGGCGUCGAUGCGGCGGCUCGAGGCGCUCGUCCGGGCGGCGGCGGAAAGCUAG